AUGUACGAUCGUACUCCGCGCACAUUGGGACAAACUGUAGGUUGUACACCCGCUCAUGUUGGACCAGGUGCUUACCAUCAUCACCGGCAAAAACAACAACAAGAAGACGGUUAUGCGCCAUUUCUUUCACUUUCCAAUCGCAGUGAAGUUUCAAAUAGUGACGAGAAGCCUGGCCCUGGCUAUUAUGAUCUUCCGUCGCCAAAAGUAAAAGUGAGUGACAAGUUCUUUUCUUUUCUUCUUAAUACUCAAGACAAAUAG